AUGGACUGGCGCAUCGGUGGACGAGCCGCGAACCGCAGCGAGCAUUGGCCUCUCUUCGGCUUCUUCCUGUCUGAGGUGCCGGUUCAAGACCACAAGUCACACAAGGCCGUUAUUUUGCGGAGCAGAACGCUGGCAACAUUCGCUCCCGAGGGCCUGACGGGCCGAAUCAAGUAUUGGCCUUCGGGGCGAUUCUCUGAGCAUGCGACGCUGGCCCAUGUCGCAGCCAAUCCUGCAAAGAAAGGUCGACAAGUUCCGUUUGCCAUUGAUGUGGGAGUAUUUGAUGGAAUGGUGUGGAGCCGCCAACUCAUUGAGCAUGGCUACUUCACCGUAGGUGUGGAGCCAAUGGCGAAGAAUCGGCGGCUGCUGUCCAAAGCCUUUUCAUCCCUAGGCUACCUGCAAAAUCUCAGCACGUAUUGUCAGCUUGAUGGGAUUUCUGGCAUCCUCAGGAAGGAUUUGCAUCUUUGCGACACCCGGGUGGGUACUGAAUUCAUGGACUUCGGUGUGCGACUAAGCGCGGCAGAGGUUGCGCAACCCAGGUCAGAGACGUUUCUGUCAGAGAUGAGGCAGAGCAGGCAAAAGGGCUCCUUGGCCGGUCUCCUGCAUAUACUGAGCGUUGGACUUGGACAGACGGCCGAGACCGUCACGGUGCGCAACAAGAAUGAGUUUACCUCGCUCGUGCGACAAGGCUACCUGGACAGCGACGGGCAGAAUCACCCAAUAGAAGCCAUCGCAGUCCUUACCCUCGACGACUUGUUCUAUGGAUAUAUUCAUGGGCAUGUGCCGAACGUGGUCGCCGACGCCUUCAUGGCAACAAUUGACUUGUUGAAGGUGGACACCGAAGGCUGGGAGCUCAAGGUCCUCCGAGGCGGCCGCCGAUUCUUCGCGGAGAAGCGUGUUCGCUGGUUGGCCCUGGAGUACCAACCAGCGGCUCUUCUCUCCGCCGGCUCACCCUUCGAAGAUCUGCUUCCCUGGCUAACGGCGCACGGCUUCCAAUGUUACUCCAGCCUGAUCCCAACAGCCAGGCGUAUUCUCUUCCACCGCUAUGGCAGGCACGAAGCCUCUACGGAUGCUUUGACCCUGGACGAGUACCAUUCAUUGUGGGACGAUGUGACGGACUUUCGGGAUGCCAGUGCGCGUACUGGCCGCCCGCAUCGUGAACGCUACCACGGGUCCUUCCGCGGGCUUACCAUGGCCGAUGAGCUUGUUUGCGAGCAGAUGGAUUGGGAGAGCUAA